AUGAGUAUUCCCAGUUCAAUAACGGACCGUCGGAGUGAAGUAUCUGAAAGAGAGAGUAUUCCCAGUACAAUGACGGAUCAACGAAGUCGAUUAUCAGAAAGUGAGAGUACUAUUAGAUCGAUAUCAGAUGGGCGAAGUCAGUUAUCGGGAACAAUGAGCAUUCCCAGUUCAAUAACGGACCGUCGGACCGAAAUGUCUGAAAGAGAAAGUAUUCCAAGUACAAUGACGGAUCAACGAAGUCGAUUAUCAGAAAGAGAGAGUACUAUCAGAUCGAUAUCAGAUCAGCGAAGUCAGAUAUCUGGAACAACGAGUAUUCCCAUUUCAAUAACGGACCGUCGAAGUGAAAUAUCUGAAAGAGAGAGUGUCCCAAGUACAAUGACUGAUCAACGAAGUCGAUUAUCUGAAAGAGAGAGUACUAUCAGAUCGAUAUCCGAUGAUCAAAUUCAUAUAUCGGGAACAAUGAGUAUUCCGAGUCCUAUGAUAGACCAGCGGAGUGAAGUAUCUGAAAGAGAGUCUAUCGUAAGUUGGAUGCCAGACCAUAGAAGUAGAUUAUCAGAAAGAGAGAGCACUGUCAGGUCGAUAUCAGAUCAGCGAAGUCAAAUGUCCAGAACAAGGAGUAUUCCAAGUUCAACAACAGACCGUUGGAGUGAAGUAACUGAAAGAGAGUCUGUCCCCAGUACAAUCACGGAACAACGAAGUCGGUUAUCGGAAAGGCAGAGUACUCUCGGAUCGAUAUCAGAUGAGCGGAGUCAGAUAUCCAGUUCAAUGAGUAUUUCCACUUCGGAAGCAGACCGACGGAGUGAUGUAACUGAAAGAGAGAGUAUUCCCAGUACAAUAACUGCUCAUCGAAGCCGUUUAUCAGAACAGGAGGUUACUCAGUCUCCUGUACCUGACGUUCAGAGUCCGAUAUCACAGAGAGAGAAAAUCCAUAGUUUGGUACCAGAAAAGUGGAGUCAAAUAUCAGAAAAAGAGAGAAUGCUCGUCUCUACUGCAGACCAACGAAGCGCAACACCUAGCAAACGUACUAUUCGCAGUUCAAUAGCCGAUAUUCGUAGUCAAAUAUCCCGAAGUGUGAGAAGUCUCAUAUCUCCGUUAGAUAAGCGGAGUCGCAUAUCAGAAAGGGAGAGCAUUCAGACGGCGAUAGCCUACCAGCUAAGUCAAUUACCUGGUAAGGAGAACAUUCCUAGUUCUCCGCCAGUCGAAGUGAGUCAUAUAUCUGAAAGAGAGAGUAUUCCUAGUUUAAUGAGAGACCAACGUAGUCAGAUAUCUGGACGAGAGAGUAUUCCCAUUUCAAUGGCUGACCAACGAAGUCAGAUAUCUGUAAAAGAGAGUACCCCCAGUUCAAUGAUUGACCAAGGAAGUAUGUCAUCUAGAAGAGAGAGUAUACGUAGUUCAAAAGAAGAACAGCUUAGUCCAAUAACAAGAAUACAAAGUAUCUCUAGUGAAAUGGGAGAUCAACACAGUCAGAUUACUGGACGAGAGAGUACUCUUAGUUCAACAAGUGAACGGCGUAGCCGUGUGUCUCUAAGGCACAGUACUCCUAGUGCGAUUGCACUCCAACACAGUAUGUUAUCGAGAAGCGACAGCAAUCUGAGUUCUGUACAAGAUCAAGAAAGCCAUAUAUCUGAACCACCACCUAUUCGAGGUUCGCUCUCAGAGGAAUGGAGUCAAAUAUCCGGAAAACAUAGUAGAGUUAGCACAGUAACAGAACAAUGGAGUAAAUCAUCGCGAACUGAGAGCCUACGUAUUUCUGUACCAGACGAGCAGAUAAGUGGAAGAGAGAGUAUUCAAAGUCCACUGUCUCUCCAAAGGAGCGAAAUGUUUCAAAGAGAAAGAAUAUAUAGUAGUGUAUUAGGUCAAAGGAGUCGGGAUGAUGAAAGUGCAUCAUUUAAAACUUCUAUACCAGAACAGCAAAGUCGAAUAACAGAGAAAGAGAGUAUUGUUCGUUCAGUACCAGACCAACGAAGCCGGCUUUAUGAAAUGGUGAGUACUGAGAGACCUUUCGCUGAAGAACGUCAGUUAUCUAAAAGCGAAAGUAGUAUUCAGUCUGGUUCAGACGAACGGAGUUAUACAUCUAGAAGAGAGAUUAUUCGUAGUUCAACAACAGAACCGAGCCUAAUAUCAAGAAGAGAAAGUAUUCCUGGUUCAAUGAUAGACCAACGUAGUCAGAUAUCUGGAAAGGAGAGCACCCUCAGUUCAAUGACAGACCAACGAAGUCAAAUAUCUGGAAGAGAGAGUACUCCCAGUACGAUGAGAGACCAACGAAUUAUCUAA